AUGAUGCAGUCGCUAAACUUUUGAACGAGACAGCAUCAGUCAUCACCCAGCAGAGCAGCACACAGACAGGAAGCGUUUAUCCUUUCACUCCAUUUCCAACUUGCAACUUGCAACGCCACUUCGCCGUCGCUCAUGGCGGUGGUCCUCCGUUGCCCCACCUUCCUCUCCCGCCCUCGCCCUCAACCUCAUUUCUCCGACCACAACAAGCCCCACUUUACUCGAAAAUUCGUUUGCCUUUCUUUCAAACUUGUUCCUUGCCUUAAAGUUACUUGUGAUGAUGCUUCUUGUGGAGUUCGAAUUCCGAUGGAACACAUACAACAAAGGUUCCCAUCUCUCAUGUUUGUGGCCACCAAUGUUUUGAUGUACUCUGUUCCUUCCAAAGCGUUGGCCGAAACAUGUGAGGCUGAUAAUUCUCUAUUCAAUAUGCCGAUACUGCUAGCAGUAGCCCUCAUUGGAGCUACUGUAGGAGGGUUGCUUGCCCGGCAAAGGAAGGCAGAAUUACAGAAGGUGAAUGAGCAGUUGCUCCAGAUCAAUCAAGCUUUAAGGAAGCAGGCUAAAAUUGAGUCCUACGCCCCUAGCUUGAGCUAUGCUCCUGUUGGUGGUAGGAUACCUGAUAAUGAGGUUAUUGUUGACCCGAAGAAGCAGGAACUAAUUUCUAAGUUGAAAAAUGGAAAGAACUAUCUAAGGAAUCAGCAGCCAGAUAAAGCAUUUACUGAGUUUAAGAUUGCACUUGAACUUGCCCAAAAUCUGAACGAUCCUAUUGAGGAGAAAAAAGCUGCUAGAGGUCUAGGUGCUUCACUUCAAAGACAGGGAAAAUAUAGGGAUGCUGUAAAGUAUCAUUCGAUGGUUCUGGCCAUCUCUGAAAGAGAAGGAGAGGACUCUGGGAACACAGAAGCUUUUGGAGCAAUUGCUGAUUGUUACACUGAGCUUGGAGAUCUUGAAAGGGCAGGUCAAUUCUAUGACAAGUACAUUGCAAGGCUUGAAAAGGACUAAUCAGUCACUCUGAAAUUCCUUACAUGUACCGAGUUUAGAAUUAGUUUGAGUUUUCUGAUGGCUAGCCACAAUGUGUUUCCCAAGGAUUUUGGCUCUACCAAAUCCACGUUUUUCUUGACUCAGAGUUCAUAUGCUAAAACUGUCCAUUUGAAGUCGAUGUUGUGCAUACCCUUUUUGAAAUCAUUAAGGAUGUAUGGUCUGCAUGAUCUCAAGGGAGUUAACAUAGAAGCAAUAGAUGAGGUUUUACAUUGAUUCUCCAAAUCUUGUGAAACUAUAUUAUUGUGCUAUAUGCCUUGCAAGUUGAAUUUUGAUAGUUGUAGAAAUUUGAGAUCGUUGAUUGUAUCAUGUUUGAAAAGUAAUGUUGUAGUUCCUUGAGAGUUUGUAAUUGAAUAAUUGCUUUAUGCCUUAGAGGAUUAAUAUUUCAAGUGCUCAA